UGGAACGGUAAAAUGAAAAGUCAACGGUAAAUAACGAGUGCUCCGUAAUUCAUAAAAAGUUGAUAUAAAGUAUCAAAAAUGCUUCUACAGUGCCUGGCUGACAGGGGCACAAGCGCUCUCAGCCAUCCAUGAGUGGGACCAACUCCUCUGCCUAUCGAUCGGAGCGUAGUUUCCACCAGACUUCAUCCUCGUCCUCAUCCUCUAGUAACCCAUACAUGGAGAAGAGCCGGGGACUGUUCACGGAGGACUUUGGCUCCUUCAUGAGGCCCGGGAGCGACGCCUUGGGGUUUUCCAGUGGACCAGGAAAUAUCAAGACUCUUGGGGAUUCGUACCAGUUCACAGUUGAUGUGCGAGACUUCUCCCCUGAAGAUGUCAUCGUCACCACGUCCAACAACCAGAUUGAAGUUCGUGCAGAAAAGUUGGCCCAGGAUGGUUCAGUGAUGAACACUUUCACACACAAGUGCCAGCUACCUGAGGAUGUGGACCCCACCUCAGUGACGUCAUCACUGGGCAGCGAGGGGACCCUAACAGUCAGGGCACGGAGACACCCGGCCAAACACGAGCUCGCACAGACCUUCCGCACCGAGAUCAAGAUCUAGAGAGGCGCCCGCUUUCUCAUCACGAACCUACUUUUUUUGUGUUCUUAUGCUACUUCCUGUAUUUCCUGUCUUCACUCAAACCAUUCUACUUUAAACACUCAGAGAGUCGGCACCGUGCUCUAUAAAAUAUGCCACGUCUGCCCUCCAUCACUGCAACAGUGACUGUUGCUGCUCAUUUGUAUUCUGAGUUAGUUCACAGCAGCAAUGGGUCAUAACAUAUUGAGACAUGGAGGGUGGACAUGUACAGCAUUUUCACAGACACACACACACA